AUGGCAGUUGUAUCGUUCAGAAUGUUGACGUGGAAGAACAUGGCGGUUGUUGGUGGGAGUACUAGUUAUGAUCGGAUAACGGAAGUGAAGGAAUUUGACGAAUGGAAAAUCGGUGUCAAACGCCUCUCCGAUUUCGGCAUCACCUCCAUCCCCAAAUUCUUUAUGCAGGCGCCGGAACCUCUCGGACUUCAAAUCCUCCAUGACAUGCUCCACCGUAAUUCCGGUUAUCGUUAUUUCCGGCAAAAAUCCGGCGAAUAUCGCCCUAAGAUCGUGGAGCAAGUCCGAGGGGCUGCGAGGACUUGGGGCUUCUUCCAAAUCAUGAACCACGGCGUGCCAGUGUCGGUUCUGGAUAAGACGAUUGCCGCCGAAAAAGCGUUCCACGAGCUGCCCAUGGAGGUGAAAGCGAAGCACUACGUGCGUGAUGAGGCCGCGGUGUCAUAUAUGGAUGUCGCCGGAGCCGGCGAAGGCGAGAACACUCCGGUUGUGUGUCGGCGGGAGGUGUUGGAAUGGGAUGGGCACGCGAAGAAGGUGGCGGAGGCAGUGAUGGAGCUCCUGUCGGAGGGGUUGGGAUUGGAGAGAGGCAAGUUCAAGGAGCUGACAAUUUCUGACACGAGACUUCUGGGGGCACUGCUAUCCUCACCGUCCCCAGCUGGACCUGACGGUGGGUUGUUACAUCUCAGACUGAUCCUAGAGUAUGUUGCGGGGAGUACAAAAGCGUCCAACACCGCGUGCUGGCCAACUCCCACCGGAAAACUCCGAAUCUCCGUAGUCACUUUCUAUAACCUCCACAAGCGGAGAGGGUCUGGCUACUACGGGCCUUCGCCGGAGCUUUUGUCCCCGGAAAAGCCGGCCAUCUAUCGGGAUUUCACCGCGCAAGAACACCUUGAAAAUUUUUACAGCAUGGAACUGGAUAGCAAGCGUUUUAUAGAUAAAAUCAAACUCCGAGAACUGCUUGCUAGACCUGGUAAUUGA